AUGAAGAUUGCAAUCCUCCAUCUUGCCCUUCUCGGGCUGAGCUCUGCCCAUGUCGCCAUUUUGGGUAGAGCACCGCAGGCCCCGACGCCGCCAGGCCCGGGCAAGCAAAUUGUUGAUGCAAUCAAGGGCGGUAUCAAGGACUGGGGGCCGGCCGGGUCGCUGAAGCCGCCGUCGAGCCCCAAGCCACCCCUGCGACAGAUGCCUGGCUCGCCUCAGCCGUACCACAAGCCCUCGGAUCCCAACAUCAAGCCUGGCGUGACGAGAAUCCCGGGCCAGCCUCUUGGUCCUCAAAAAAAGUGCAAGCCAUGCCUCCGGAAGCGGGACAUCUGCUGUGACAGCUCGGGCAAGCCUGUCAAGGCGGCCAAGCCAUCCAAGACGCCGGCGAAAGGGCCGUCCAAGGUGACCAAGCCCUACAAGAUGGCGCGGUUCUCGGUGCCCAAGUCGGCCGGCAAGGCGGCCAUCUUCAACGUGCUCGUGGCGCCCUACGCGCACAGCGCGCUCGAGUCGAUCAUGCAGUGGGACAACCCCAUCGGGCAGGCCGUCAAGUGGUUCGACGGCGCCAUGGCCAGCCUGCAGGAGGCCAUUGGCGGCCCGCAGCGCGACGACAUUUACGGCAACGAGCUCAAGUACAAGAUGAUCAAGGGCAUCGGCAGCGCGCUGCAGCUCGGGUUCGAGACGGACUGGGACAAGAGCAAGCGCCUCCAGGCCGAGGCGGCGGCCAAGGAGAAGGCGCGCAAGCAGGAGGAGGACAAGGAGAAGCAGCGCGUCAAGGGCCUGGAAGAACUGGCCGUCGUGUGCGAGAAGAUGGGGACGGAGCGCCCCGACGACGCGAAGCUGACGACGCAGAUCCAGCAGAGCUGCACCAAGCUGGCGGACGCGGUCAAGCGCGUGCAGGCCCGGGAGGCGGCUGAGGCGAAGAAGAAGAUCAAGCGCGAGCCGAUUUACUGGUUCGGAAAGUGCAAGCUAAACAUGGACAUGCAGUGCAACAAAAAUAAGCUCCCCAAGUAUGGCACCAAGUGCGCCAACGAGUGCCGUGCCAUGCUCUCCUUGCUCGGCGGGUCCUGA